AUGGAUGCCUUGCAGGAGCUCACGUUGGCGUUCGACCGUAUCAUCUCCGACUACGGCUUCUGGAGAGAGUUUCUAAGCUCCCCCGGUAUCCGUCCUAGCCCUCUUCGGCUCGCAGAAAAUCUCACACGCAUCGCUGGUGGCGCGAAUAUCUGGCUCAAGCGGGAAGAUCUCAACCAGGAUGGAAGUCACAAUAUCCGCAGCAUCGUUGGUCAAGCACUGCUCGCACGGCGGCUCGGAAAGACCGAACUCGUCAUGGAGUGCGGCUCAGCCAGGCACGGUAUUGUCUGCGCGGCAACCUGCACACGCUUGAAUAUGAAAUGCACCAUCCUCAUGGGGAGCCGGGACGCAAGCAACCAGAAGGACAGCGUGGACAUGAUCAGACAACUCGGAGCGACAGUCCUUACCGCAGACAUGGGCGCGUCUUCGGGCAGCGGGACCCUCCGAGCUGCAGUCAACGAGGCCCUUCGGUACUCUGUCGCCCAUCUCAGCACCACAUACCAUAUCAUGAGUGGGCCAAUCGGUCCGCACCCGCUUCCAACCAUCACACGCACCUUCCAAUCCAUCCUUGGCGAGGAGAUCAAAACGCAGUUCGGCGGCGCCAGCGGUGGCCGUCUCCCGGAUGCCCUCGUCUCCCCCGUCGGAUCAGGCAGUGCAGCCGUCGGCAUGUUCUACCCGUUCAUCGAGCACCCGUCGGUGAAACUGCUUGGCAUCGAGGCGGCAAAGGCAGCUCCCCUAUCCCACGGCGACGUCGGCGUCCUGCACGGAUGCCGCACCUAUCUCCUUCAGGACGAGCAUGGCCAGAUCCUUGAUUCGAGCUCGAUAUCCCCCGAUCUCGACUUUCCCAGCGUUGGGCCUGAACUGGCGCACUGGAAGGAGACGGCCAGGGUGGAAUAUGUUGCUGUGACGGAUGUCGAGGCGUUGCGAGGCAUGGACGUUCUUCGGAAUCAGGAGGGGAUUGCCUCGGGAGCGAUGACGGGGUAUGCGGUUGAGAGGACAAUUAGGCUUGCGAGGGAACUUGGGCCGGGGAAGGAUGUUGUCUUGCUUGUGGCGGGAUGA